AUGGCCACUGCAGCUAUGAAGCUUAAUUCACAUGAAAAUUGGCUUUUAAUUAAAAGGUAUAUUGUUAAAUUGUUUGAAGAAUCUAAAGAUAUUGCAUAUAUUACCUUUUUUGAUUUAUUAGACAAUUUGAUUCCUGCUGCUUUGGAUGAUAUUGAUACUUGGGUAAAUUCAGAAAUUCAAUUUAAGUCUGACAUAUCAGAUAUUAAGCCUGUAAAAGAACAUGUUAAGAUUGAUGAAAGGUUAAAAAAGAGAAUUGCAG